UGGCGCUCUCGUGGCCAAAUCACACACUUCCUUUUUCUCGCCGAAGUGUCCUUUGGCACGCUUUUACAGUUAUACAGAGCGCCGCUCAGUUUGUAGACAACGUUUGCCGUGGCGGCCCGAAAGGAACGGACCAAAAACUAUUUUUCGGUUAAAUAGCAGAUCCAACUGUAAACGGCACCGCGAAUGAGCAGCCAUCCCAUAAUAGGCAGCUCACAACAACACCAAAAAUACAAAAAAAAAAACGCAAAUCCCCUCCGCAUGUGUAUGUGUGUGCGUACGUCACAGCCCGCGAGCGUGUGAGAGUGUGUGUGUGUGUGCGAGUGUACGGGGAAAAAUCAGUAAAAUGUUUAUGCAAAUCAUGCGACAAAUGUGCGCCAAUUGCGUAAAAUCGUAAAGUGCAUUAAGUGAAAUAAAAUUAUAUAAUUAAGUAGCCUAGCGCGAAGCUUUUUGGCCAUUAAAGAGGAAAAAAUAAUAUAGAAGAGGUUGCAGCUAACUGCUGCUGCUACUGUUACUACUACUCUCCCUGUGCUUCUUCUUCUGCCUGUCCUGUGCUAUCGGCGUGUAGGUGUAGCGCCAGUGUGCCAGUGUAUUGGUGUCUCGUGGCCAGCAGCCUGUCGGUGUGGGCGAGUGUGUAAGUGUAUGCACUGUGGGUGCAACAACGUGAACGCUUCAUCCCGGAAGUGAUUUGUAUAAGGCGAAAGCCUCUGAAAUUUUGCACCCGAAACGGAAAUAGUCGGUAGUGUUUGGGCGAUGAAGUCAUGUGGAAGUGGCAACAAAGUAAACACACAACCUCAGCCAUGGCCAGUACAAUUAUAGGCGAAAGUUAAUUAAAUGCUGCAUCAUUUGCAAAACUGCAAAAAGGAAUUCUUAACAAUCGCAAUAAAACUUUUGUCGAACAAAAGUAAUUAAAGGACCUCGCACCAUUACCAAUACCAAUACAUAGUCGGGCCCACAUUGCCGCUAUGCGACAACAAAGUUGCUAAGAGCCAUAAGGACGAAAGGAGUCGAGAGGACUAGGUGGCAGGAGCAGGAGCAGGUGCAGGCCUAACGGCAGGGACUGAGGAAUCUUGUGCAUGGCCAGACGCCAGCUAACGUUGCCAGCCGCAAACAGCUAACAGGACGAAGGACGAGCCACCCAGUCACGGCCAGCAAAAUGCAGAAGGAGAACAAUGUUACGGCGGAGAAUUGCCAAUUUGUGGGGCCCUAUCGCCUUGAGAAAACUCUCGGCAAGGGUCAAACGGGACUCGUCAAGUUGGGCGUGCACUGUGUGAUUGGCAAAAAGGUCGCGAUUAAAAUAAUCAAUCGCGAAAAACUGAGCGAAUCAGUGCUAAUGAAGGUUGAACGUGAAAUUGCCAUAAUGAAACUAAUCGAUCAUCCGCAUGUCCUUGGCCUGAGCGAUGUGUACGAGAACAAGAAGUAUCUGUACUUAAUAUUGGAGCAUGUAUCCGGCGGGGAGCUCUUCGAUUACUUGGUGAAGAAGGGCCGACUGACGCCGAAGGAGGCUCGCAAAUUCUUCAGGCAAAUCAUCUCCGCCCUGGAUUUUUGUCAUUCGCAUUCGAUUUGCCAUCGAGACUUAAAGCCGGAGAAUCUGCUGCUGGACGAGAAGAAUAACAUUAAGAUAGCGGACUUUGGUAUGGCAUCCUUGCAGCCAGCCGGCAGCAUGCUGGAGACAUCCUGCGGCAGCCCCCACUACGCGUGUCCUGAGGUCAUACGGGGUGAGAAGUACGAUGGCCGCAAGGCGGAUGUCUGGUCCUGUGGUGUCAUCCUGUACGCCCUGCUGGUGGGUGCGUUGCCCUUCGACGACGACAACUUGCGCCAGCUGCUGGAGAAAGUCAAGCGCGGCGUCUUUCACAUACCGCACUUUGUGCCGCCCGACUGCCAGAGCCUCCUGCGGGGCAUGAUUGAGGUGAAUCCCGACCGGCGUCUCACGUUGGCUGAAAUCAACCGCCAUCCCUGGGUCACAGCCGGGGGCAAAGGUGAGCUCGAGCUGGAGCUGCCGAUGAUGGAGGUGGUGCAGACACAUGUCAUUCCCACAGCCACCGCAGUGGACCCGGAUGUGCUGAAUGCCAUUUGUUCGCUGGGCUGUUUCAAGGAGAAGGACAAGCUCAUCCAGGAGCUAUUGAGUGCGAGUCACAAUACGGAGAAGGUUAUAUAUUUCCUGUUGCUGGAGCGCAAGCGGAGAAGGCCUGCUUUGGAGGAUGACGACGAAAUUGCCCAGAAAUCCCGCAGCGAACUGGAUGCAGUGGAUCCUCCUCGAAAGCGUCUAGACACAUGCCGCAUCAAUGGAACCAAUGCACCCAGCUAUGGACAGAUCUCAGAGGGAUCACCGCUCACGCCCAGACGACAGGCCUUCAACUUCCGGUCGUACAGCAGCACCCGCAACCACCAACGCCGCUCACCCACCACGGUGUCCUCGUCGGUGCGGAGCUCCUCAUAUCACAGUCCCACGCGGUGCAACUCCCCGAUGACCUCCGCCCAGCAGCAGGCGAAUGCCAUUUCCCGACCCUCCUCGCCAGCGGCCGGAACCCGACACUCCACCUAUGGAGAUCGAGACCGCUCCGGAUCGGUUCAUCACUCCUCGGUCAGCCGGACACCGUCACACAGUUCCCAGAAGAGCAUCGAGGGCGAUGUGGUGGUGGUGCGGGAGCCGCGUCUCGAGCGGCGGGACUCGCUGCGUCAGGAGAGAGGUGGUGGAGCGUCGCGGGAGCGAGGGGAUUGCGGUAUGCCGCCGGGCAGUCCGGGCGGCAACUCCAGUGGCUCCACGGCCGCCUCGCCGUCGGUGCAUCAUCGUGCCAACUCAGGUCCGACCAUUGCCAUUAGUAUGUUCCACGAUCCAGAGUCGAAUAGUGUUGUGAAUCCCAAUGGCUCUCCGAUGAUGAACAAUAGUAGUCCGGGCAUGCCAGGCUCGCCCUGCAACACGCCCGGAGGACAGCUCUGGAAAACACGACUCACCAACAUCAAGAACAGCUUCCUGGGCAGUCCGCGUUUCCAUCGCAGAAAAAUGCAGGUUUCUGCCGAUGAGGUCCACUUGACUCCCGAAUCAUCGCCGGAGCUGACGAAGCGUUCUUGGUUUGGGAAUCUCAUCACAACCGAAAAGGACGAAACCUUCACUAUUUUGGUCAAGGGCAAGCCCAUUGCCACGGUCAAGGCGCAUUUGAUUCAUGCAUUUUUAUCUAUGGCUGAACUCUCGCAUAGUGUGGUGUCUCCCACAUCCUUCCGUGUGGAGUACAAACGGAAUGGCAAUGGACCCGUGAUGUUCCAGCGCCAUGUCAAGUUUCAGGUCGACAUCAGUGCCAUUUGCAAGCAAGGUGACAUAGCAGAUAUGUUGUUUGCUCUGACAUUUACGCUCCUAUCAGGUAACAUUCGGCGUUUCCGACGCAUUUGCGAGCACAUCCAGUCCCAGGUGUGCUCCAAGAGGUUCCCGGGUCCCAGCAGUCCGCCAACGGUGACCACCGUAACCCAGGCCGUGUCCGAGAGUUCCUCCUGCGGAUCGGUGUCCAGUGAGAGAUUAUCCUAUAAGCGUCAGGUGAUUGAGAAUGAUAUAGAGAACGAUUCCAUAUUCUCGUACAAGUCCGGCAAUGGUCGUAGAGCUUCUACCACUAACAAUAAUAAUGCCAAUCCCGUUGACAUUCCUGGCAGUCCUAUUGCAGUGCGAUCUAACUCUGAGACCGCUGAACACGAACGCAACCGCGAACUGCAGAGUGAGCGCCAGGCGACAACGAUGUCCGGUAGUGCAAUCGCAUGAGAAUUAUUUCUCUGAUUUAGUUACAUUUUUCUCAAGGAUAUUUGUUUUGACAUGGCACUAGUCAACUCUAAGCCCAGCAACCAAAUAACGUACUUUAACUAAGCAAACGAAUCAGCACACCAGCUGACAAAACAACCAACUUGAAAAACAGUAUUUUUUCUGAAAUACGAAUAGAGCCAGAGAUUUUCAACAUAAUUCCAACCAAAGCAAUAAUAGGAAAAUUUAUAUACACUAACAAUGAAAUAUAUGUAAUUCAAAUAAUGAACCAGAAGCAGAAUCAGACAUUUUGAAUGCCGAAUCGAAUGAAAAGAACUUUUUGCUAGCUGCUCUAGCUUUUAUCAGAAAACUUGAUUUUCUAGUUAUUGAUUUUUUGAGUGAUUUUUAUUGUAUGUUCUUUUUGAUGGACAUUGUUGCCGCCGCGCCUAAAAAGCUUGCAAAUAAAAACACCGUGUAAAAAUAUACAAAAAAAAUGAAAAAACAAAAUUAAGACGGAUAAACAUAGCACUUAGCCUAAGUCGAACCAGUUAUGCUAGAGUCAUUUUCUUUAAUUAGUAUAGACCUCGUAUUUAGCUACGCAGAUGAGGAUACCUACUCGAGAAAAUACGCUGACAAUUUGUAUAGAGGAUGUAUAAAGGAUAUUAUGCAAAAUGCACUGAUCUUUAACUACUAAAAAUUAACAAAGGCAUAGAGAAAAGAAAGUCAACUUUUGCAUUAACGUAGCGUUGCUGUUUUUUUCUAACAAAUCAAAUCGAUACAACUAUUUUGCUAGCCAUAAUCGAAGGAGCAAGAUGAGAACGCAACUAUUUUUCCUAAAAACACAAACAAAAUACUAAAGUAAAUGAAUCGCGUAAACUUUCAAACUUCAGAUAUAUGCAUAUAUGACGAUCAAAAGAGUGUUGUGCGGUAGAUGAACUCAAAAAUCAGAUAUAAACCAAGCUUAAGGCAAAAUAAAUUAGAAUUAAAAUUAAUCUUGGAUAAUGAAUAAUGUAUAAAGGAAUGAUCGGCACCGCACUUGGAUAAAUUAGACAUAUAAAGCACCUUACCAGAAACAAUAUAUAUUUUGCAUGGGCAUGACAUAAAGCUUUCUUAACCAGUACUUGUAUAAAAUCAAUUUUGGGACGAAAUCUAUAUCUAGUAUGUAUAGUGUAUGGAAGAGGGAUUGUACAAAUUGUUGAGUUGCACCAGUGACGAAAAUACCUAAGAGAGAAAUUCGAUUGGAGUUUGUAUAUUUUUUGUAUCGGAGUUCGGUGUAGAGCGCGCACUGGCUUGGAUUAGACCAAGCAAGCUGUCCACGAAUGCACAAAUAACCUAACAUAGUUUUUCUCUCAGUGUAAGAAGCGUGUGUCGCCCGGCAACCUGGCAACCCCCAAUAAACAAUCACAUUGAAUCCUAACCUCCCUCAACCUACCUUACUUUUGAGUGGUUUUCAUAGAAUAUAGUUUUAUUUUGGUUCUGCUUUCUUUGCUUUAUAACGACACAUACGAUAAUUUGAAACUAAAAGACUUAAGAAAUUGACAUAAAGCUAAUGAAAUCCAACAAAGAACCGUCCAUUUAUCCACUUAAAACUAACAAAAAUGUAGUUUCAAGCUGCAACUCAGCAAUUUGUGGAAUCGACCCGGCGACGAGUGUAAAGCGACAACUGAUUAUAUGUAUGUACGAAUAAUACUUAAAAGGAUAUAGUUAUUUAAACUGUGUAUGACAGCAAUAUCAAAAUAGUCAAGGGACGAUUGUAAGAGGGCAACAGUACGAUACUAAAAGUGAUUAGAACAAAUAUUAAACGAAAAGUUAAUGAAAACAAAAUGCUUCAAUGAUAGAUAAACCAAAAUCGCGUAAAAUAUGCAAUAAUGAAAGAAUACUUAAUAUAUUUAAUGACUAUUGAAUCAAGUACUUGAGAGAAUACACAAAAACUUAAAACUCGAACAAAAAAUCAUACAAUAAUAUUGAAAUGGAAUUACUUUUUAGCAUUAACUAACAAUACAUCAAGUUAUUUAUCGCUCAUCAAUAUGGAAGGUACUCGCGAGUAUACUCUAUAACGCAUUUAAGCUGAACAUACAUUCAAAAUUAAGCUCACCGAUUUGAAGAGAUGGCAUUACCUAUAUUUAUACAUGCAUAUAUCAUAUACACAUUGAUCACGGAAAUCUUUAUAUACAUACCAUAUUAUAUUCUGUAUUUACUUUCUUAUACAAGAAGAGAACAGUCCUCCCCUGACUUGUACCCAACAUAUACGACUUAUACAUCUAUAUGCAUCACCGACACUCAUACCUACAUCCAUAUACAUAUAUUUACAUAAAAGCGCAUUUAAUACCAAAACCAAAAUUGUAAAAAUUGUAUUUUUCACAACAAUCUACUUAGAAUAACCACAAACAAACUCUGCAUACUAAAACUGACAUAAAAAAAAGGAUAAUUGCUUCAUAUAAGAAAUGAAGAAAUCUUAAUACUCAAUGCUGCAUUAUGCCACGCCUACCUUUUUACCUUAACUGAAACGCCUAUACUAACCUAGAAGAUCAACCAAAAUUUUCGCGCUCUUUUUCCAAAAAAAAAACUAAAUUCUUAAAAAAAACAUAAUCAACCACCAAACCCAACUAACUCAUUUUAACUGCUUGGUCUUAACUGCACGAGCAGCGAAUAAUUGCGCCGAGAUAAUUUUAUAUGCAACGUAUACAUAUUUCUAUCUAUAGUAUAUAUAUAUAUACACCCCGAUAUAUAUAUACAUAAAUAUAUAUAUACACGACAGCCAGCGCUUCACUUCAAAUGCAAAUGCAAUCGCAAACGCAGUGCAAUGGAGAAAAUGUUUAUUACACAUUACGAAAUAAACGAUUCGAAUACUUAUUAAAAUACAUUUACAUUUAGAGGGUAAUGUUGUGUAUUGUACUACGCUUUUUACGUUGUUCGUUUGUUUUCCACCUUCUGUUUCACACUAAACACAUUAUUAUAUGGUAACAUUGUAAUUAGUUCUGCAAGUGACUAGGGCUAAGUUAUAUACUGCAUUGUGCGCUUUGUUUUGUAUCCUUCGGAUAUAGGUUGAAUUAUUGUAUUUUGUAAUUUAAUUUUAAGCGUCUAAGCUGGCCAGGAUGGCGACAGGCCGAAGGUAAGCCGGUAAUGAGAUAACAAAUUAAAACCAACAAUUGUAAAAGAAACCAAAAAGAAAUCAACAAACCAAAGGAAAGGAUAAAAUAAUAAACAAACAAAAAAGUGCAUCUGUUAUUAGGUUAAAAGAAUUAUUGAUAUUGUUUGCAAGAAAAAUGUGUGAAAUAUAUAUAUAUAUAAAUAUAAAUACCACUUAGCAUAAACAAAAAAAAAACGUGAACAGAAAGCGAACAACAAAUUGUAAUGCAAUUUAAAAAUAAAAUUAAUAUUUCAAAUAAUAAA